UGAAAUUGGUUAUCUUGUGAAAUUUCGUAUUGGGUGAGCGUGAGGUAUAAAUGAAUUACUGAACUGCUCCGUGGACUCAGACUGUUGAAACUAUGAUGCUUGAUUCCGCAACCGCCGAUUCCGACUGUCGAACCCUUGUUCUAUAUUUAUGAGAUGACGACAGCGUUUUGCAAAAAUUAUUGGUUGAACCGUUUGAUCCGGACGUUGAACCGUUGAUCCGUGAUCCGGAGGAAAAAAAACAGUUCCGUUUCCGAAUUCCGAGUCGUUUUUAAAACAUCAAUGAAAAGUUAGAAAUUUCCAACGCCUUUUUUCAGUUCUGACCGUUUUUAGAUACGAGUCGUCGACUCCAUGUAAACCCUGCUCUGUUUUUCUUCGAUGACCGGAAAAAGUGAAAAAAUGCGCGAGAGAUAUCAAUUAGCGAUGUUUUAGUGUUUCGAGCUCAUAUUCGAUCACUUUCAUGGCGAAAUCCGAGAGUUCGAAGCUCAAUUCGGGAACCCUAACUCCGUUCAUGCAUAAUUCGGCGAACGACCAGGAUAUUGAUCCGCACUCAUGUUCUCUCGAGAAAUUUAAACUCUACGAAACCCGUCAAAGGUUUUAUCUCAUUGGGAGCGACCGGAACAAACGAUUCUUCCGGGUUUUGAAGAUAGACAGAUGUGAGCCUUCAGAACUCAAUAUCAGUGAGGAUCCGGUUGUCUACUCACAGCAGGAAGUUAAAAGCUUGCUCCAACGCAUCAGCGAAGGCAACCGUGCCACUGGAGGCCUCACAUUUGUUGCCAAGGUCUUUGGGAUUGCAGGUUGCAUUAAAUUCUUGGAAUCGUAUUAUCUGAUUCUUGUCACAAAGCGUCGGCAAAUUGGCAGUGUAUGUGGGCACGCAAUUUAUAGCAUAGAUGAGAGCCAGUUAAUUACUAUUCCUCAUGUAUCAAUCCAGACUGAUUUAGCACAUUCCAAAACUGAGCUAAGGUAUAAGAAGCUCCUGUCCAGUGUGGAAUUGACCAAAGACUUUUUCUAUAGUUAUACAUAUCCCAUAAUGCGAAGCCUACAGAAAAAUGUCACAGCAGUGGGUGAGGAAAGGAUGCCAUAUGAUAACAUAUUUGUAUGGAAUGCAUUUCUAACACAAGCAAUUCGUUCUAGAUGUAAUAACACUCAAUGGACUAUUGCACUGGUCCAUGGACAUUUUAAACAGGUAAAACUAUCAAUUUUUGGGAGGGAAUUCAGUGUUUCUCUCAUUUCUAGACGUUCUCGGCAUUUUGCAGGAACGCGCUAUUUGAAACGGGGUGUGAAUGACCGGGGCAGGGUUGCAAAUGAUGUUGAGACUGAACAGAUAGUCCUUGAUGAAGAAGCUGGGUCAUGCAAGGGAAAAAUGAGUUCUGUAGUUCAAAUGCGUGGUUCAAUUCCACUUUUCUGGUCUCAAGAAGCUUCUAGAUUCAGUCCUAAGCCUGAUAUAAUCUUGCAAAGAUAUGAUCCUACAUACCAGGCAACCAAGUUGCAUUUUGAAGACCUGGCAAAGAGAUAUGGAAAUCCAAUUAUUGUACUUAAUUUAAUUAAGACUGUUGAGAAAAGGCCUCGAGAGAUGAUGUUACGUCGUGAAUUUGCAAAUGCAGUUGGUUAUUUAAAUCAGAUUCUCUCAGAAGAGAAUCAUCUGAAAUUUAUACACUGGGAUUUUCACAAGUUUGCCAAGAGCAAGUCUGCCAAUGUUUUGGCUGUUUUGGGUGCUGUGGCAAGUGAAGCCCUUGACCUGACGGGUUUCUAUUAUAGUGGAAAGCCCGUCAAUGUUAAAUGUAGAGCAACCCAGCUCACAAGAACAAGCACGGCAAGAGAUCCUUCUCUAGGUGACCUCAGAGCAAAUUCUGGUGAUGUUGCGAGGCUUGGAAGUAGUAAUGAGGCACUGAACUCCUUGAUUAAAGACAGGGAGUCUGAGAUUAAUCAACAAUCCAAGAAAGAUGGUCAAAAUGGCAUGGCACCAUGUUUUCAAAGUGGAGUUUUACGCACCAACUGCAUUGACUGCUUGGAUCGUACAAAUGUAGCUCAGUAUGCAUAUGGCUUAGCAGCUUUAGGCAGACAACUCCAUGCUAUGGGUUUGACAGAUAUGCCUAAGGUUGAUCCUGAUAGUAGCAUAGCUGCAGCUCUCAUGGAUAUGUAUCAGAGCAUGGGUGAUGCUCUUGCCCAGCAAUAUGGAGGCUCUGCAGCUCACAACACUGUUUUCCCAGAGAGGCAAGGCAAAUGGAAGGCUACUACCCAGUCUAGGGAGUUUCUUAAAUCUAUAAAACGAUAUUACAGCAAUGCCUACACGGAUGGUGAAAAGCAAGACGCAAUAAAUCUAUUUUUGGGUUAUUUUCAACCCCAGGAAGGAAAGCCUGCUCUCUGGGAAUUGGAUUCUGACUAUUAUCUCCAUGUUUCUGGGAUUGGAGAUGAACCUGUUUUGGAUCAAAGCUCAGAAGCAGAUGCUAAACCUGUGAAAGGAACUACUCUUGCACCAAUUCCAGCUUGCAGAGAAGACUUCUUGCGGAUGAAAUUGACAUCAUUUGAUAAGCUAAUAGAGAGAACAUGUAGCUCAAUAAAGAAUGUAAGACUUUGCAGUGAACCAGACCAAAAAGUAGGCGGUGGAGCAGGAAACUCUGGCAUGGCACCUGAUGCAGCUGAAAUACAACUUAAAAGUCCAAAUUGGCUCUUUGGCCAGAGAAAAUUUGAAGAUAGUGGUUCUGCUACCAAAGUUGCUGGACAAGAUAUUGCAAAUGGUGGAUCCCAAGAUGGGACAAAUGCUAACUGUUUCCGUGACCUAAAUUGGUUGUCUCCUAUUGGUGAAGACUCUGAGGAGGAUGUCUUCCAAAGGUAUCUUGCAAUGACCUCAGUUGACGAAGCCAAUGGUUGGUACGGUGGAAACCUUUUAGGUGAUCAAGAUGAAAGCAGCGAAAUAUACAAGCAUUAUGCCGAGUUGUGUCAGGGCCCUGCAAUGGAACCCUUUGAUCACGAUCAUGAUAAAGAGAAAUACUAUGAGGAUCUUCUUUCCAUGAAUGGCAUAGAUGGUGCAGAUGAUGCAGCCAUUGAAGCAGAGAUGGAAGCUGCUCUUAAAGAGUACAAUCAAAUUGGUGCAGACCUCGGAAUUUUCCCGACCACAUGUAAAUACAUUGCCGAAGAUCCAAGCAGAUUGACAAGAUGGAUCAUUGGAGAAGAAAAAGUGCAAGGGAACACGACUUAAUCGAAUCCCUUACCAUCUACUAUUUAUUUCCUUUUUUUUGUCCUAAUUGAAAUUUUCCUUGUGUACCAUUAUUUCAGUGUACACAGGGAAGAGGAAAUUGGUCCACUGCGAACUGCUUUCUGUAAAAACGAACUGCUGUUUGAACUGUGUAAUUUCUACUGUACAGUUGUAUUUUAAAAAUUACCCAUUAACUAUCUUAUGGGGAAAAUUUUCUUACGUUCGUUUUUCAACAAAUUUUCUAAUAUUUCUAAUUAAGGGGGUGUUUGGUACA